AUGGCGUUCGAGUGCCGCUUCCGGCUCUGUGACGCCCUUCACAGAACAAAGGACAUCUACGACGUCCAGGCCAAGACCGAAAAUGUCAGCUUACCGGAUCGCAUCGAGGGUAAGCCCCACAGCCACGCGUUGGUGGACUACACCGGCGAGUACGCCAAUCCUGAAAUCGGCAAUACCGUGGUUAAGCUUCAGGAGGACGGGUCGUUGUUUAUGAAGGUCAGGACGUUUGAGAGCAAGUUGGAGCACUAUCAUUACGAGUCAUUCAAGGGCCGUAAUGUCGCUGAUGCUACUGCUGAUGGCAACCAUAGGUUGUUCUUUGAGAAUCUCCCCACCGUCCUGGAGAAGGCUCGUGUAGAAGGCGGUAUCCCCGGUAUGUCUGUUGCGAUCAUGCACAAGGGCCGUCUUGUCUUUGCUCAGGGAUUCGGAAGGCGUAACAUCAAAGAUCCAUUCACGACAAAGGCAUUUACUGCUACGGCUGUGGGUGAAUUGGUGGCAGAGGGUAAGGUCGACUGGGAUAUCACCCCCGUCUCUCAGUACCUCCCCGAAUUUCAAUUGAAGGAUCCUGUCCUGACCUCGCAAUUGACUUUUGCCGACUUGCUCUCCCAUCGAACGCCCUUUCCUUACAUUGACGUGGCAUGGUUCAGGAACGAACAGCCGCGCAGGAAGUUGAUCAAGCAAUUGAGAUACCUUGAUAUGCCGUCAAAGCUACCUCGCGACGUCAACUACAACAACGUCAUGUACGCCGUCGCCGGAGAGGCUGCCGCCAACGUCGCCGAAAUUUCGUAUACAGAACUGAUCAAGACCAAGAUAUUUGACCCCCUCGGACUCAAGGAUGCAGGACUCUCACAAGCAGAGAUGGCGAAGCGAUCCAAUUAUGCGGUUCCAUACUAUGCCGCCACUUUUGCUGACGCCAGGAGCGGGAUUUAUACAGAAGGAUACAUGGAUCAGAUCCCGAUGUCUGAUGCACCUGCUGGAGAUAUCUACAUGAACGUGUUGGACCUGGUCAAGUGGGGCGGUGUGAUCAUGAACGAGGGUGAAUUGGAGGGAAAGCAGGUUUUGAGCAAAAGAAGCGUCCAGGAGACAUUGAAGCCUCACAACGUAUUUUUGGAUGAUGAACGUCGGCCUGGUUUUGCACCUACUACAGGAUAUGGGUUUGGUUGGAUUCUGGAUUCGUACAAGGGUCAUGCUAUUAUGAGCCACGGCGGAGGAAACCCUGGUUACAGGUCCAUGCUGGCAUUCCUGCCGGACGACGACCUUGUCCUCGCGUUCUUGAGCAACAUAGAGGUUACAAAUCUCCCCGGCAGCAUCCUAUAUUACAUGGCCGACGAACUCUUGAACUUGCCAAAGACCGAGGACUGGAUCGACGACGUCGCCGUUAAGAGGACCCAAGAGACCUAUAAAGUCCGCGGCGGCAAUGAAAAUGGCGAUUUCCCUGACCGUAUCGAAGGAACACGCAACAACCAUGCCUUGGUCGACUACACCGGCGAGUAUAGCCACCCUGUGUUUGAAAAGAUUGUGGUCACGCUUCAGGAGGAAGGGUCGUUGUUUAUGAAGAUCCGGACGUUGGAGACCAAGUUGGAGCAUUAUCAUUACGAGUCAUUCAAGGGACACGUGGAAGACUUUUCCGCUAGGGGGAAUGUCUUUUUUACGUUCUUUACGGGUUCGAAUGGUCGUGUUGAGUCGGUGGAGGCUACGCUUGUUUUGGAUUCUGGACCCGAAGUGUAUAAGAAAAUGGAGACGUCAAAGCAAUAG